AUGUAUACUGGAAGUCGAGAAUUUGAAGAAACUGAAUAUGCUACACCUAGUGUGAAUCCGUUAGAUAAUCAACCUCCUAACGUAGGAAGAGAAAGAGAUGCCUUACAACUGUUAAGAGAUAUAGCUGAUGCAUUACAGCAUAUAGUGAGAACUAUACAUGUUACUACAUCUGUACCUACUGUCAGACAGGCCCCGAUUAAAGAGCUACAGAAAUAUGGUGCCACGAAAUUUCAGGGAUUAAAAGGAGUUGAUCCGUCCGCUGCUGAAAAUUGGAUGGAAACAACAAAAAGAGUUUUGCGUGCAACAAUUAGACUGCACCCCCCGAAAGAGUCUGAUAUGUGCUGUAUCACUGUUACAAGGAGAAGCCUAUCUCUAGUGGGAAUCUAUGAAUUUCAGAAGAAGUAUAUUGGGGAAUUGUACAUCGAAGAGAAAAAGCAAGAGUUUUUAGUGCUGAAACAGGGGAAUAUGUCAGUACUGGAUUAUGAGCGAGAGUUCUCUAGAUUGAGCAGGUAUGCAUCAGAAUAUGUUCCAACCGAGGCUGAUAGUUGUAAACGAUUUCUACGAGGACUGCGAGAUGAAAUCAAGAUUCAAUUGGUAAGUCUCAGAAUUACUGAACUUGUUGAUCUGGUUGAGCGAGCAAAAAUGAUAGAACAAGUACUAGGCCUGGAUAAAAAGUCAGAAAUGGGUAAAUCAGCUGGGAAACGUAUGGGAACCACCAGUUCUAAUCCAUUACCGAAGAGAUUCAGAGAAUCAAGAAGUGGUUGGAGAUCAAGCUUUCGGUCUGAUAGGGACAUUUUGGUGAAUGCUGGAAGAAAACCGGAAGAUGUUUCCACUGUGGCUCUACUGAACACUUUGUUAAAGAUUGUCCGAGAACUCAGAGUAGUACACCUGCCACAUCUCAGAGAUCGGUAUCGACUACCAGAGGUAGAGGAAUAUCUAGAGGAGGUUUUGUUUCAAGGAGAGAAGGAGUUGGUAGAAGCAGUGAUAUAG